AUGGCUGAUAACAGGAGACGUAGACGUGAAAACAACGAUAACUCAGAUAGCGAGGAUGACUUACCUCCAUCAUCUCCACAACAGACGGGUAGAGGGUUUGUUCCUAUGUCAUCACCAAUAGGUUCUCCUGCUGAACACGAUAUGAUUAAUCCCGAAGGUGCUGAUGAUGAAAUUCAAGAUGAUCCCGAUAUUGAUGAAGUGGAAGAACAGAUGAAUCAGGUGGAUCUGUUAGGUGAUGAUAUGUAUCAAGAUUAUGGUGAUGAUCCUAAUAAAGAUAGAUAUGAUCUAAAUCAAGUGGAUGAUAGACAACAACAUGAAUUAUCUAUCGACGAACGUCGUAGAAUUGAUGCUCAACUUAAUGAAAGAGAUAGACUGUUGAGAAACGUCGCAUAUAUGGAUGAUGAUGAGGAAGAGCCAGGUGCUGCAAGAUUAGAUGAAAUGGGUUUACCUAUUCAAAGACGUAGGCGUAGAAGACAAUAUGAAGAUUUAGAACAUAGUGAUGAUGACCUAUUAAGUGAUAUGGAUAUUGAUCCAUUGAGGGAGGAAUUGACCUUAGAAUCUUUAAGUAACGUAAAGGCUAACAGUUACUCUGAAUGGAUUACUCAACCAAAUGUUGCUAGAACAAUUGCAAGAGAACUGAAAUCAUUUUUAUUAGAAUAUACAGACGAAACCGGUAGAUCUGUAUAUGGUGCCCGUAUUAGGACACUUGGUGAAAUGAACGCAGAAUCAUUAGAAGUUAAUUACAGACAUCUUGCAGAAUCAAAAGCUAUUUUAGCAUUAUUUUUGGCUAAGUGUCCGGAAGAAAUGUUGAAAAUAUUUGAUCUAGUGGCAAUGGAAGCUACCGAACUUCAUUAUCCUGAUUAUGCUCGUAUUCACUCUGAAAUUCAUGUUAGAAUUUCUGAUUUUCCAACUAUUCAUAGUCUCCGUGAGCUUCGUGAAUCAAAUUUAUCUUCUUUGGUUCGUGUAACAGGUGUUGUGACCAGAAGAACAGGUGUUUUCCCCCAACUAAAAUAUGUUAAGUUCAACUGUAUUAAAUGUGGGACCAUCUUAGGUCCAUUUUUCCAAGAUUCAAACGAAGAAAUUAAGAUAUCGUAUUGUGUUAAUUGUAAAUCCAAAGGUCCAUUCACAGUGAAUGGUGAAAAGACAGUAUACCGUAACUAUCAGAGAAUUACCUUACAAGAAUCACCAGGAACUGUGCCAGCAGGUCGUUUACCAAGACAUAGAGAAGUUAUCCUAUUGGCAGAUUUGGUAGAUGUUUCCAAACCUGGUGAAGAAGUUGAAGUCACUGGUAUAUACAAGAAUAAUUAUGAUGGUAACCUAAACGCUAAGAAUGGUUUCCCAGUUUUUGCAACUAUACUUGAGGCCAACUCUGUGAAGAGAAGAGAAGGUAACUCAGCGAAUGAGGGUGAAGAAGGUUUGGAUGUAUUUGGCUGGACCGAAGAGGAAGAACGUGAAUUUAGAAAGAUUUCCAGAGAUCGUGGUAUAAUUGAUAAAAUCAUAUCAUCAAUGGCGCCUUCUAUCUAUGGUCAUAGAGAUAUUAAGACGGCAGUCGCAUGUUCCUUAUUCGGUGGUGUGCCAAAAAAUGUUAAUGGUAAACAUUCCAUUCGUGGUGAUAUUAAUGUUUUGUUGUUAGGGGAUCCAGGUACUGCCAAGUCUCAAAUUUUGAAGUAUGUGGAAAAAACAGCUCAUAGAGCUGUCUUUGCAACUGGUCAAGGUGCUUCUGCUGUGGGUCUAACAGCGUCAGUUAGAAAAGAUCCAAUAACAAAAGAAUGGACUCUAGAGGGUGGUGCAUUAGUGCUUGCAGAUAAAGGUGUUUGUUUGAUUGAUGAAUUCGAUAAAAUGAAUGACCAAGAUCGUACCUCCAUUCAUGAAGCUAUGGAACAACAAAGUAUCUCCAUUUCAAAAGCUGGUAUUGUUACCACUCUUCAAGCUCGUUGUUCUAUUAUUGCUGCAGCCAAUCCAAAUGGAGGCCGUUAUAAUUCAACGAUACCACUAGCACAAAAUGUUAGCCUAACUGAACCCAUUCUUUCGAGAUUUGAUAUCUUAUGUGUUGUAAGGGAUUUAGUUGAUGAAGAAGCUGAUGAGAGAUUGGCUACUUUUGUUGUUGAUUCUCAUUUAAGAUCUCAUCCGGAAAAUAUAGAUGGUAACCUUACAGGGGAAGGGCAACCUGAUGGUGAUGAAAACAUGGAUGGUAAUAAUGAAGAUGGUGUAGAACCAUUAUCUGCUAGACAAAGAAGGUUACAAAGUCAGAAGAAAAAAGAAGAAGAAAUUUCACCGAUUCCUCAAGAGUUACUAAUGAAGUAUAUUCACUAUGCAAGAACUAAAAUACAUCCAAAAUUACAUCAAAUGGAUAUGGAUAAGGUCAGUAGAGUGUAUGCAGAUUUAAGAAGAGAAAGUAUAUCUACAGGUUCAUUUCCAAUCACAGUUCGUCAUUUGGAAUCUAUAUUGAGAAUUGCUGAAUCAUUCGCAAAAAUGAGACUUUCAGAAUUUGUUUCAUCUUGGGAUUUGGACAGAGCAAUUAAAGUGGUCGUUGAUUCAUUUGUUGAUGCUCAAAAAGUUUCUGUUCGUCGUCAACUUCAUAGGUCAUUCGCAAUUUACACAUUGGGUCAAAAUCAAACUCGAUAA